AGCAGAUUUCUGGCCAUAACAACAAAUAAGCUGUAAUUUGGCCUUCCAGGAGACCAAAAAAAGUCACAGCACGAGAACUACUUGGGUUGCUUUCCUGAAGCCAUCUGUGCAUGUUAUCCGCAGAUACUUUUUGGAGUCAGUUAACUCAGAGGAGAUUGUGCUGAGGAGAGUGAAGGUUGAGGAGAGGGAAGGCAUAGUGUGAAGAAGGCUGAAAGCUGAACACAAAAAUCUUCUAUGCUGACAAUGAACUAACCGUCUCAAUGUGAAGCUAUCCCAUGAUGCAACAUGUGCCCCCAGCACCUGCACUAACAAUGAUGGCCACACAGAGUGUCCCCCCGCCAUCAUACCAAGAAAGUCAACAGAUGACAGGCACUACUCAACCAAACUCCAAGGCCCAGCCGGUCCACAUCCCGGCGUCCUCGGCAGCAGGGGCCACCCCAGUCAGUGUGACCCUUGACCCUCAGGCCCAGCUGGAGUCGGACAAGCAAGCUGUUUACAGACACCCCCUGUUUCCCCUGCUGGCGCUGCUGUUUGAGAAGUGUGAGCAGGCCACUCAGGGGUCAGAGUGCAUAACCUCCGCUAGCUUCGAUGUAGACAUUGAGAACUUCGUCCACCAGCAGGAGCAGGACCACAAGCCUUUCUUCAGCGAGGACCCUGAACUGGACAACCUGAUGGUGAAGGCCAUCCAGGUUCUCCGCAUCCACUUGUUGGAGCUCGAGAAGGUCAAUGAACUCUGCAAAGACUUCUGCAAUCGAUACAUCACUUGCCUUAAGACUAAGAUGCACAGCGAUAACCUGCUGAGGAAUGACCUGGGAGGACCUUACUCCCCAUCGCAAACGUCCCUCAACCUGCAUCAGGACAUGCUGCAAACCUCAUCUGCUUCCAUGACGACAGUCUCCAGUUCCAUCAACCCCUCAGGCAUUGUGGUACCCACCAGUCCCUUACAACAAGGGAGCGUUGCCAUGACCACCAUAAACUCACAAGUAGUAUCAGGUGGGACAUUAUAUCAGCCUGUUGCCAUGGUGACAUCACACGGGCAGGUUUUGACCCAGGCGUUACCCCAGGGAACCAUCCAGAUCCAAAAUGCACAGGUAAACCUGGACCUCGCCGCCCUCCUGGAAGGGGACGAUAAGAAGUCAAAGAACAAGCGGGGGGUGCUUCCGAAGCAGGCCACCAACAUUAUGCGCUCCUGGCUUUUCCAGCACCUCAUGCAUCCAUACCCUACAGAGGAUGAGAAGAGACAGAUAGCAGGACAAACAAACCUGACCUUACUACAAGUCAACAACUGGUUCAUUAAUGCCCGCAGGCGGAUCCUGCAGCCCAUGCUGGACGCCAGUAACCCCGAGCCCGCGCCCAAGGCCAAGAAGAUGAAGUCCCAGCACCGGCCCACCCAGCGCUUCUGGCCUGACUCCAUCAUGUCAGGCAUCGCCCAGAAGCAUGGCCCAAACUCCGCCAACAACUCUGACGGAUCCAUGGCUGGGGACGGCCUCCAGCCUCUCUCGUCAGAUUCCGCCACCCUGGCCAUGCAGCAGGCCAUGCUGGGGGGAGCGGACGACUCGCUGGACGGGACGGAAGAGGAGGAGGAAGACGAGGAAGAGGAUGAGGACGAGGAAGAGGAGAUGGAGGAAGAGGGAGAGGAAGGGGGCGGCCGCACAGAGCUGGUGUGAGAGACAUGGGCCUGGAUCACGGAGAAGGCUUGUAGUGGUGAUAAGGGGGAUAAGGAGGAUGAGAAGAUGGCAGAACGCAAGCACAGUCAAGGUCAAUGGACACGCAGCAUGGUGAAGCUGUAAGAAGCUGACAAGACGUGUCACCCAGACAGCCCCCAUUCCACUGAGACAAAUCAUGUAUUGGUAAAAAAAAAAGAAGAAGAAAAAAAAAAAAAGAAGUUGACUUACCCAAGCACAAAAACACUGUUUUAUAGCUAAUAGGAUCUCAUCUGGGAAAUGUUCAUGCAUUGAUUGCUUGUCUCGCAUUUUUUAGAUUUGCUAAACAACUGAAAUACUCCUGUACUUUAUGCUGAGUUCUCAAUCAACAGAUUAAUUAUAGUUUAUUGAAAUCAUGUAUAACUUCUCAGGUUAUUUGUCUUUAUUUGAAAGUGAUGUGCUGAAACCACAGUUCCACAAAGCAAUGUUUCCAUACCCACGAUUUACAGUAGCUCAACCUUAAUAUCAAAGGAGAAAAAGUGAAAGGAGACAGAAAAAUGUAUGUAAAUGUAAACAAGAAAUGCUAAACACUUGCAAAUGUUUGGAGGAUAGCUAGUAUGUUCAAUCUAUUUUAUAGAUUUAUUUUUACAGGAUUUAUUUUAUUUUUUUGGUUGGUUGGUUGAAAAUGUUUUUUUUUUUUUUUUUUAAUGCAUCACUUUCAAAACCACAAUACUGACAAACCUAAUGAACUGUAAAUGGUUCCAACUUGAAAAAGUAGAGAUCGAAAAGGGAUUGGCUGAGCGGGGAUUGGUUUAGCUCAUGUCUCAUGGUGUCAUAACGAAGGCCGUCAACAGUUCUUAGUUCUCAAAGUAAACCUAAUGCCCUCAGUCAGCUGCAAAAAAAAAAAAAAAAAGGAAAAUGCACAAUGAACAGUGUGCGAUUGGCAGAUCCCUUCAGGACUGAUAAGUGGACCGAGUGAAUUUUUUGUAAGGAAAAAUUAUCUUUCAGUGGAACCUCCA